AUGAGAUACUUUAGAACAUCUCCAAAGAAUGUCAUUAAAGUAUUCUUUGUUUACAAAUCUACACAUAGAUACAUCAUACAUAGAGGGAGAAGAGAGGAGACAACAGAAAAACAGAGAGAGAUGAGUUCUAAUAAUAACAAUCAUCUUUAUAAAGAUAAAGCUAAAGAAGCAUCUUUUAACAGUAAUUCAUGGAAGCAUUACAUAGAUAUAUAUGAACGUGCAGCAGAACGCUUAUUGCAACUCAGUGUCCCGACAAUAGAAGACCUAACAAAGAAUACUAGUUAUUCGGCCGAAACCAUUAGAAUUGCAUUCUAUAGUGCUUUUCAUACUGUUUUGGAAGAGACAACAAAUACUCGACCAAUUCAACAACCAAUACAACAACUACAAAAACAACAACCACAAUCAAGAAAAGCUCAAUCACGUCAAUUAUAUAAACCAUCGAUAGAAUGGGAUGACAGUGGUUGUAGUAAUAACAGUAACAACAAUUUACAAACAACAACAACAGAGGAAAAGAUUUAUAUAAAUGAUGAUUGGUUAGCUUACUUUACAUCAUUGGUCAAACAUAGAAGCAAAAAUGAAUCUGUAUUCCGUAUCAAAUCAUUUAAACCAAAGGCUUCAACAAAUAACAAUAACAACAACAACUCACCAGCAAAAGGCGCCAAAUUAAACUUAAACAAUAACAAAUUAAAAUCAAAUCAAUUCUCUGAUAAUCUAUUCAAUAGUAAGAGUCCAACAAAGAAUGAUUAUAGAAAUGGAUACUUUUUAGAUGACCUACAAGUAGGCAACGAUGACGAUGAAAACGACUCUACUACCAUUCUCAGAUAUCGAUAUGAAAAGGAUUUCGUUUUACAAAAGGAUGGUGCUGCACAUAUUAUUACUCUUUCACCAGACUAUGGCAUUCCAUUUCACUUUCAAGAAACUAUUGUCACUGCUUCUUCUUCUUCUGCUCCUCCUGAAACAAAUGGAAAUCCAACAAAAAAGAAACAUAAAACUUCAGACAAUAAUAAUAGUAGUAAUAAUAAUGGUGGAAAAGAGAAUGGAUGGUGUUCACUAAUAUUCCACAGCGUUCUCUAUUUGCAAUUUAUAGUUGGAGUUUACUCUUAUGGCGAACCUUCAGUUGAUGGAGCUCCAAGUUGGUUCGAAAGAAGUAAUCUUAUGCUUAUUAAUGCUGUUAGAAUUGCACCAAAAGAAUAUUUAAAAAAAUAUACCAAUUUUGGUGAUCAUGAUAUUUUAUCACCAGAUGUUUAUCCAGCUGUUCCACCUGUGUUUUGGGAACCAACUCUUGGUAAAUCAUCUCGUUACCAUUCCCAAGAUAUGGCAACCAACCAAUGUUUUUCGCAUCCAUCGUGUGACGGUACAGACACUUUUGAUAGAAUCGGUAGAUACUAUAAGUGUUCGAGUUUGGCCACCGAGAAUAUUGCUGCGGGUAUGGCCAGUCCCCUCGAAACCAACAACCAAUGGAUUUGCGAUUCCGGAAGUGGUGAUCCAUACUCGACUAGCUGUGCUGGCGAUGGUGGAGCCGAUGGUCAUCGUAAAAACAUCAUGUCACCAGACUCUUUGGUCGUCGGUGUCGGCUAUGGCUACUCUGCUCAGGGAUACCGUUUCUUUUGGACCCAAGAUUUUGGUAAUUCACUAUGUGUUGCCGCUCUCAAGAUGUUUCCUGUGCACUCUGGCUCGCAUAUUUUCGACGGCACCAACACCAUUGACUUUAUGGCCGAUUGGUACCCAUCGACGUUGAUUUCGCGUAUGAUGAAUAACCAAGUCGACGCAUCGGUCGUCAUUGUCGGAAAAAAGUAUCCCAUGUCACUCGACAUGGGUACCACCGACAAGGGUAAAUGCGUCAGCUCAUUCUCGUAUGCCGGUCAUGAAUACGCUCCCGAUAAACCAACCACUUCUACUACCACCGGAUCCGUCUCUACCACUGGUCGCGCAACCACCACCGACGCUGCUUCCACCACCACACAAGAAGGUACCACCACAUACGUCUCGACCACUACCAGUCAAUCCACUACUGGAUGGUCAUCCACCACUACCGAUUCAGCUUCUACCACCACCUCCUCGAUCUCUACUACCACCACUACCGGCACACCCGAUGUUGAUCCAACACCAACUCCAAGUUCAUCAACCGACCAUAUGGACGGAGAAAGUUAUGUUGGCUGUUAUGUUGACCAAGUUGCCCACGACCUUUCCGAAAGUAUCAUCUAUGACGACCGUCUCACCAAUGGUCGUUGUAUUUCGCACUGUGCACGCAAUCUAUACAAAUAUGCUGGAUCCGAAUACGGCAACAUUUGCUAUUGCGGCAACAAGUAUGGAUACUAUGGCAAGGCUGAUAAUGCCUCUGAAUGUCACGUCCCAUGUAAAGGAAACACCAGUGAAGUGUGUGGAGGAGACAGUCGUCUAUCCAUCUACGAGUCUGGUUUUGUCGGCUGCUACGACUUUAAAAAGACAGUUCACCAAUUCACCACCGCAUUCCGUAGCUCCCAAAUCACUGCCAACGGAUGUCGUUCACUUUGCAAGUCUAAAAGCUUUGAUGUCUCUGCCACUACACACGGCAACCUUUGUCUUUGUGCCCAUAGUUUUGAAUUGGACCAAUCCGCUCUCAUCAUUGAUGACCCAGACCAAUGUCGUAUCAAGUGUACCUAUAGUAACCAAUACCCCAACCAAUACGAUAGUCAUACAAACUCUACCACUUCAUCAUAUGAUUUCUGUGGUACUGAUUCAUCAACUUUAAUUUAUAAUAAUAAGGAUUACAAAGUUUACAUGAAUGAUUCAUCCUCACACCAAUCAUUUGACGACUAUGUUGAAGAUGAGGCCAUCUUUAAUGCAUCUUCAUUCCUCCAACCAACAUUCUCCUUAUUCUUCUUUUUCUUUAUAUUCAUUUUUUAUAAAAUUAGUCUUUACUUUUUAAAUCAAUUAAUCGAUAGAAGAAUGUCAUCUUCGCCAAAGAUAACAACGAUGGUGGGAGGCAGUGGCAGUGGAAGUGGAGCAGGCAACAAUAGUAAUAGUAGUAGUAACAGUGGAAAGGGGUCAGGGAUUCCUUCCAACUUCUUGUCUCAUAGUGCUGCUUCCAACCUACCAAAGUUUAAAAUAGGAGGUGAUGAUGACGAUGAUGACCACCGAGAUAUCAGUCAUAAACAACAACAACAACAACAUAUAAACUCUGUUGGUGGCAGUAGUAGUAACAGUGCAUACAGUUUAGGUGGUAGUGGAUCAGUUGGUACAACAUCGUCAUCACUCAACAACAGUAGUUCUGGUAACAAUAUCAAUCAUGCAAAUGGUCUUGGAGACUCUCCAUCAAGUGGUGGUCAUGGUAUUAUUGGUGGUGGUGGUGGUGGUGGUAAUGGAGGUAGAACACGUGUCUAUGAAGAUUACAAUGAUAUAUUGGGUCAAACGGCCUCAUCAUCUGACUAUACAAAUCACAAGGAUAGACAUUGCUCAACUUAUGCCAACAGAGUAUUAUUCUCCAACAAAUAUUAUUAUGCCUAUAUUUUCAUGAUAUUUAUCAAUCUUGUUUUAAUCAUUUGGUUGAUUGUUAAUUUGGUUCAAAAGAGUACAAGUGUACCAACACAUUGGUUAUUUGUAUUAUUGGAUAUUUUGGUGAAUGUGUCAUUGUUUAUAGAGAUAUCUUUACAGAUCAUAUCACAAAAGAGGCGGUAUUUCAAUUCAUGGUCCAAUAUAUUUGAUUGCGUGGUGUUGGUCUUUUCCAUUGCCGGACUCUUUAUGUAUCUGUUUACCAAAAAGGAUCAUCAAUUUGAUUUUGAAGGAAUCAUUAUUAUAUUUUUCACAGCACUUAGAUAUGUUGUUCAAUUCCUUAGAUUAUUGGCAAUGAUUAAAAGACAAAAAUUAAAAUCUUCAACAUUUAAUAGUAGAGUUGAUUUCACAGAGUUAAAAGACACUGAUCUUGUCUUUGAUGUUGAUUCUUCCGAUUUUUAA